AUGUGGGAGACGGAGGACAUGAGGCUCCAGAGCAGCACCUCCACGUUCCUGGUCCUGUGCAGUGCAUUGUGGGUAUUGUCCUGGGCGAGGGAGCGAGCUCCUCCUCUGUCUUCAGGAUGUGACUCCAUGAUGUCCUUCUCGCCUCCUCCCGUCUCCUCGUCCUCCGAGGGAAACGGGAACAUCCACGUCAGAUCUCUGUCGCCCUGGACCUGGAAACCCUCCACGGUGAAGAACCGGAUCCCCUCCACCAUCUGGGAGGCAGAGUGUAGCUCCGCCCACUGCUCCGGCCUGGCGCCGGGCCAGCCGGACGAGCCGGGCCUGAACGCCGUCCCCAUCCAGCAGAGCGUGCUGGUGCUGAGCCGGCGGCCCAGCGGCUGCUACAUCGCCUCCUACCUGACGGUGUCGGUGGGCUGCACCUGCGUGUGGGCCAGGACCGCCCAGAGCGCCGAGUCCGGGACACAGAGCCCGCCCCCGACACAGCAGUGACCCCGCCUCCGCUUUUAGCUUUUAUUUAUUUUGGAGUUAAAAAUCUGCUGAGUUCUGUCAACUCGUCCAAGAAGUUCCAAAACUUUGUUCAGUGUUAACAUGAAUACACACUCUGUUUGACUGUAGUUGAUUUGAUUUAUAGUAUUUGUAAUAUAAAUUAUAAUGCAAUAAAGUCUGAGUUAUGAAAAAGUACA